CCUGCAGACCGCACGACGAUCGGCACAGUACCACGCUCGUCUCGUCACUGCACCAUCGAUACCGGUCCACGGCAGUCCGCGCAUAACAACACGUAAUGGUAACCACCGGCGCGACGUCGGGUUACCGCGGUCGCGGUUCGCGGACGUCCAACGGCCGUCGUCCGGCGGCGGAGGUCUUGAUGGCAUUAUCCGUGCUGGCGCUGGGGCUACUGUCGCUGCUCGGGCCGACGGCGGAUUGUCGACGGGCCGACAAGCGCAGGCACCACUGGAAGGUGAACGUGAUCAAAAACCAUUUGAAAAAUCACAAGAGCCUCGAGGGGAUGGUGCGGCUGGUCGACGGCGAAUCCGAAUACGAAGGUAACGUGGAGAUCAUGCACCUGGGAAAAUGGGGCGCCAUCUGUGACGACGAAUGGGACUCGAGAGAAGGACAAGUGGUGUGCAGACAAUUGGGCUACAACGGCACGUCGAGGGUCACUCACAGCUCGCACUUCGGACAAACUGCCAGAAUGUAUUGGAUGGACAACACUCAGUGCGGCGGCCAAGAGCUGGAAAUUUCCGAGUGCCGAUUCGACAGUUGGGGCGAGAACGACUGCGACCCUUCCGAAGCGGCGGGAGUGGUGUGCGAUUCGCCCGAACCCGAAAAGCCCAAAUACUCUGUGCCCUCGGUGACGGUUGCUCCGAAAAAAGCCACCCGAAAGUACAGGAUCAAAGACACUUCUGGGUCGGACAUCGAAUUGCGGCUGGCAGGAGGCAGGACAUCGGAAGAAGGCAGAGUGGAAGCCAAGACCAAUGACGGUUGGGGCGUGAUAUGCGGCGACGGGUUCGGCGUGCUUGAAGCGUUGGUCGUGUGCCGUUCAGUCGGGCUCGGGUACGCAGCAGCCGCCUUCCAGACGGACCGGUUCGGAGGGCUGGACCUUCCGGUUGUGUUGUCAGCAGUCGAAUGCGCCGGAAACGAGUCGUCGCUUGCCGGAUGUUAUCACCAGCACAAGGCCACGUGCUCGACCAGGAAAGAGACGGUGGCUGCGGUCGUGUGUGCCCGGGAGAUGGCGGACCUGGCGGUGAACACCGACGAACUGACGAGAUCGGCGUACCUGGAGGACAGACAGAUGUACUUCUUGCAGUGCGCCAUGGAGGAGAACUGUCUGGCGUCGUCUGCGUACCAGCUCCGGCGGGACGAGACCGAUUGGCACCUGAUCACCCGGCGGCUGCUGCGGUUCACCGCGAAAAUCACAAACGUCGGCACCUCCCCGUUCCGGCCUGCCGUGCCCAAACAUCUGUGGCAGUUUCAUCAGUGUCACAUGCACUACCACAGCAUGGAAGUGUUUGCCACUUUCGACGUGCUGGACGGCGGCGGCAUGAAGGUGGCCGAGGGACACAAGGCGUCGUUUUGUCUGGAAGACAAUCAGUGCACGGACGGCGCCAGGCCGGCCUUCGCGUGUGCGGACUACGGUGACCAGGGCAUAUCGGUCAACUGUUCGGACAUUUACCGGCACAACAUCGACUGUCAGUGGGUUGACGUGACCGAUCUGAACCCGGGGCUGUACACACUCAAGGUGUCAGUCAAUCCGGAGCACAAAAUCCCGGAGAUGACGUACGCCAACAACGCGGCUGUGUGCUCGAUGUUCUAUUCCGAGACUUUCGUGAAGAUCCACGACUGCGUCCUACAAGCCCCGUGACGGACUGUCGAAGUCUCUUGCGUGUUGGUCCGUCGUGCGACGAGUCACCGAAAAGCGUUUAUUUGAUAAAAAAAAAAAAAAAAUAGGUUAGCUUUAGGUUAGCACCAUACUAUUACGCCGCACAUGCAUCGACUUCAAAUGAUUACAAUUACACUCAUUACAUAAUAUAUUAUCGCGACUUUAUAUUGUAUAUUAACUAUUAAUCAUAUUAUACCCGUGGGUGGGCCUGCUACAGUUGUAGUCGUGUACAUGGUAUUAUGGAUAACCCAGUAACGUGCAUUGUGAACUUUUUAUUAAUGUAAGGUACCCGUACACGUGAUAUUGUUGUGAAUUUGCAAUCUAAUAAAAUUAAUUUG